AUGGCGACGGCCGUUUCUGCGACUGAUAGUUUUCAAAAUCAGCAAAAUAAUGAGCAAGUAACACGUUUGAUUUUACUUGGUAUGACAGGUGGUGGUAAAAGUUCUUUGGGCAAUACAUUGCUUAAUUUCAAACGAUUCAAAGCUAGAGCAUCAACGACUUCUGUCACCAAGAAUUGUCAAGUUGGUUAUCGAAAUUUUAACAAUCGACAUCUUGUUGUUGUUGAUACUCCAGGAUUCUUUGAUAAUCAUGCUAAUGCUAAUGAGAAUGAUAAUGAUAGUGAUAGUGAUAAUAAUAAUAAUAGUGCUAAUGAUAAUGAUAAUGAUAGUGAUAAUGAUAAUGAUAAUGAUAGUGAUAGUGAUAAUGAUAAUUAUAAUGAUAAUGAUAAAAAAACAUGUAUUAAAAUUGGUCAAUCACUUCAAACAACAGUUCCAGGUCCACAUGCAUUUCUUAUUGUACUUUCACUUAGUGCAGGAGGACGAGUAACAAAAGAAGUUAAAAGAGGAUAUAAAUGGAUAACGAUGAUAUUCGGCGAUCGUGUAUUAAACUAUUGUAUUAUUAUCUUUACUGGAUUAGAUAAUCUUAAUGAAGAUGGACAAACAGUGACACAAUAUUUAGCAAAGCGUAAACAGCCUUUAGCUAAAUUAAUGGAAAAAUGUGGUGAACGAUACGUGGCUUUUAAUAAUCGGGCUUCGCUAGAAGAAAAAAAUAAUAAAAUUCAAGAAUUAUUAGAUUUAAUUGAUCGUGUUAUACAAAAUAAUGGUAAUCAAGUGUUCACGAAUAAAGAAAUUGAAGCAAUUAGCAAAGUUGUACAAGAAGAAAAUGAGAAGGGUGGAUUUAUACCAAAUCUCCCAGAUGGAAGCAUUAUUCUACUACCACAAACAGAGAAAAUUGUUGUCGAGGCUUAUAUGCGCAGACCUGUUCUUCGAAGAGACAUGUACAUGUCGUGA